GAUUUACGAUCCGAAUUGUCACCGUUGCUUUAACGCCUUUUCCGCUUUGUAUUCUUCCACAAUUCUCAUCUGAAACCCUAAUCCUAUUAUCCUCCCCUUCUCCCCGUCUACCGCCAACCGAUUCCAGGCGACAUAUCCACCCGCCGCGUUCGGUUCUUUAUCGGAUUCGCCUCUCGAAGGAUCAAUUUAGAGCUUCGUUGCCGAUCGAUUUGGGGAUUCGCGAUCGAUCUCUUUCUCGGGAUUUUGGCUCGAUCCGAUCCAGGAAGCCUCCUGCUGUGCCGAGAUUUUGGAUUGUUGGUGCUGGGCAAGCGAUGGGGCUACACCUUCGCGUAGCUUGUUUACUUGCUGCGACAAGUGGAAGUUGCAUCUUCCAAGUAGUGGUCUAGGAGAUUUUCUGCGGAUAGUUGUUUUUUCUGUUUACACCGUCCUGCUCAUCCGAUUGAAGAAAAAAAGAGAUAUUUGGGGGCAUAUUUCGCACCGUUGUCAGUUUAAGUUGAUAUUAUUUCAAAUACAGAUCGUCGUCCGCAGAGAGUCGUUACAAAGGAAGCAAAUCGACUGUCUUACUGUACACAAGUUUAUGAUUAGUUUGCGAUUCUUUUUUCUGCAAGUUUUUUUUUUAGCCUUAUUGAGAUUCGACUAGAGAAAAGAACAGAGAGAGAGAGAGAGAGAGAGAGAGAGAGAGCAAAAAAAUAAUGGCUGUGUAUUAUAAGUUCAAAAGUGCGAAAGCUUUUGACUCAAUUCCUAUUGAAGGGCAAUUUAUAUCUGUUGCCAAUUUGAAAGAAAGAAUUUUUGAAACCAAACUGUAUGGAAAGGGCAACGAUUUUGACCUCAUGAUCUCCAAUGCGCAGAGUAAUGAAGAAUACAUAGAUGAAGGAGCAAUGAUACCCAAAAAUACGUCAGUUUUGAUUCGUCGGGUCCCAGGGCGACCACGGAAAUCUAUUGUUACUGAAAGAGUCGAGCUGAAUGUUGUGGAGAGUAAGGUAGAAGAGCUUCCACCACCAGCCAGCUUGCUAGUUGGGGAUUCAUCUAUUAACAAAUAUAUUGGAGUUUUGCAGCCUGAAGAAUAUGAAUGGGAUGAGUUUGGGAAUGAUCUUUAUGCCAUUCCUGAAACAAAUCAUUCACAAACGAGUAAUUUUGUGGUUAAUGUUCCUCCUGGAAACAAAGUUGAUGAGGAAAGCAAGAUUAAGGCUUUGAUUGAUACACCUGCUCUUGACUGGAAUCAUCAGACCCAAGAUGCCUAUGGUGCUGGAAGAGGUUAUGGAAGAGGCAGGGGGAUGGGUGGCCGUGGUUUUGGACGUGGUAUGCUUGACCGGAGGACACCCCCAGCAGGGUAUGUGUGUCAUAGAUGCAAAGUGCCCGGGCAUUUUAUUCAGCAUUGUCCUACGAAUGGAGACCCUAACUAUGAUAUUAAAAGAGCGAAACCUCCAACUGGAAUUCCAAAAUCAAUGUUGAUGGCAACUUCUGAUGGAUCCUAUGCUUUGCCAAGUGGUGCAGUUGCUGUUUUAAAGCCAAAUGAAGCUGCAUUUGAGAAAGAAAUUGAGGGCUUACCGACUACUCGUCCUGUUUGUGAUCUUCCUCCUCAGUUGCAUUGUCCACUGUGCAAAGAGGUUAUGAAAGAUGCAGUGUUAACUAGCAAGUGUUGUUUUACCAGUUUCUGCGAUAAAUGCAUUAGAGACUAUAUUAUGUCAAAAUUGAUGUGCUUCUGUGGAGCUACUGAUAUACUAGCAGAUGACCUCCUUCCUAAUAAAACAUUUAGAGAAGCUAUUAGUAGGAUAAUGGAAUCAACAACCGCUAGCACAGAGAAUGCUGGAAGCAUCGGUCAGGUCCCAGGCACGGAAUUAGCUCAUCCAGUUCAUCCAAAAGCUUCAUCUUAUACUCUUUCUGCUGCUUCCAAAGACAUGCCCAAGCAUUCUGCUACAAACCAAUCUGACAACAUGAUCAAUGGGGAAGUUGCUAGUGAAAUAAAAACAGGGAACAGCGAGUUGAAUCCUGCAGAUAAACAAGCUGCUGUGAAUGUGAAUGUAUCUGAAGCAGCACCCGAAUCUCUUAGCAAGGGGCCAAGAUCACCUGAAUGUGCUUCAGUGGUGCGUGAUAUCGUCCAAGAAAAGCAGAUUGCCGGAGAACAAGGAAAGAAAAAGAAAAAGAAGAAACCUGGAAUUCCUAUCACUGCUGCUGAUAUGCAAUGCCAAGACUUCGGGACUGGAAAUUUUGGCAUGUCUUUGGCAGCUUCAGGUUACAAUCCUUACUGGGCUGGUGGGAUGCCGUUAGGAGUUGAUCCCUCGUACAUGGCACCUUAUGGUGGCCCAAUGCCGUUCAUGGGUUAUGCACCUGGUCCCUUCGAAGUCCCAUUCGCAGGUGGAAUGUUUCCACAAGAUCCAUUUGCAGCACAGCCAUUCAUGAUGCCACCCGUUCCAAGGAACAUAUCUGAGUUAGGCAUGACUAGCAUGGUUGGCAUGGGUCAGCGCCCUCCUCCAGGCAUGCGUAGAGAAGAGACUGACACUAGGAAAGCUGAUACGAGGCACAAGCGGGAAAUGGACCAAAUUAGCGGAAGGUCCUCUCCUUCCGCCAGACGCAGGGACAUGGAACAUCCGAGAAAUAAGGAGCUGAGCAGCAGUGUAAAUCAUGUUUCGUCGAUCAAACCAAAGCCCAAACCGAUGGGCGUCCCUGAACGAGACCGGUUCGAGAAGUCAUCCUAUGCGGACCGGUACGGCCCGGUUCGGGAGCGCGAACCCACCCCUCGGAAAAGGAAAUUCUCCGACCACGACGAGGAGCCUUCGGCCACCGAGGCGGAGAGGAAGCAGAAAUCCAGCGUUUUCUCCCGCAUCCGCCUCUCCAAUGGCGGCGAGAAGAGGAACGGGAUGAAAGAGCAGCCGGCGAGCCACAAGGUGGAGGGCGGGGGGAGGGCGAGGAGGGGGAGCAGAGGAUGCGACGGCGUGUCGAGCGAGGAUGACUACCACCUCAAGCGGAGGCCUGCAGCGUCGUCGUCAUCGUCGAGGGGUAGGGAUGAUGAGGAGUACCGCCACAGGCGACCGGCGAGCAAGCGGAGAGGGGAGAAAUAGUCAGCGAGAGGCGCCGGCGACCGUGCGUCUGGAAUUUAGAAAGCAUUCAUCGUGUAGUCGGUUUGUUAGAGAAAGUGGACGUCGCAGAAAAAUAUAUUUCUUAUCUCACAAUUAAAAACAGAAAAAUAAUCCACUCUCUUGGUAAUAAAUGAAAUAAAUAUAAAAAAAAUCCGUAAUUAUUUUCUAAA